GACUUGGUUUCGUGUGUUGAUUAUCUUAAAGUCGGAUACAAAAUCGACAGGCUGUCAAUCAAUACUGCACACGUAAAAUCUGCAUUCAUCCAUCAUCCGCCCUUUCUUCAUCGUUCGGAAUUCCCCUUCUUCUCAAUUCCCGCUCAACGUUCAUUUAGCCCUUUUAUUAAUUUCGACUCCGACUUCGUUACCGUCUUAUAGCUAAAAUGUCAUCUUUUGCUGCUUUCAGACCUGCCGCUCCUUCUUUGAGCGCAGGCUUAACGGGAAAGCAAGCCGGUGGUUUAUUUGGUUGGAAUACGAAUAAAACAUUCUCAAAUACAGCUUUGAAAGGUCAAAAUGGUUUCGCACGUAGAGGAACAGAUGCAAUUCGAUCAUUGGUAAUGCCGCCUCUUAAAGAUGCAAGUCCAUUACAAAUCCUUUUUACCAUUUUAUCAAUCGUUGCAAGUCUUUUGAUUUUGGAACAAAUCAUGUAUCGUCGUAAAAAAGCUCAUUUACCCGGACCAAAAUGGACAACUCCAGUCGUAGGUAAAUUUCUCGAUUCGAUGAAACCUGAUUUGGCAAAAUACAAAUUAGGUUGGGAUAGUGGACCGCUCAGUGUUGCCAGUGUUUUCCAUAUCUUCAUCGUCGUUGCUUCAUCCGUUGACCAUACGCGCAAGAUCUUAAACAGCUCUCAAUAUGCUGAACCCUGCCUUGUGAACGCUGCCAAAUCGAUCAUUUGCCCGGAUAACUGGGUUUUCUUGAACGGCAAACCACAUCUCGAUUACCGCAAGGGCCUAAACAACUUAUUCACUGCCCGUGCCUUGGAAAUCUAUUUGGGUAUUCAACAAGAAAUCUACAAACGUUAUUUCUCCGAAUGGUUGGCCGACAAGGACCCAAACCCAAAGCCAUACCAAAUGUUAAUGCGCGAUUUGAACAUGGAAACAUCUUUACGUGUUUUCUGUGGUGAUUACAUUACCGAUAAUGAUGCUAAAUUGGUAUCUGAGAAGUACUGGGCUAUCACAAUGGCUUUGGAAUUGGUCAAUUUCCCCAUUCCAUUGCCAGGCACAAAGGUUUACCGUGCUAUUCAAGCUAGAAAGAUGGUCAUGAAACUCUUCAUGUCUGCUGCCGCUCAAUCCAAGGUUCGUAUGGCAGAAGGUGAAGAAGUGAAAUGCUUGACGGAUGCAUGGAUCAAAGCAAUGUUGGACGCCAGAUUGGAACGUGAAAACCCAGAAUUAGGAAGUGAUGCUCGUAGAAUUUUGGUUCGUGAUUUCUCUGAUAGAGAGAUUGCAUUGGUCGUUUUAAGUUUCUUGUUCGCCAGUCAAGAUGCUAUGUCAAGUGCUCUUGUUUACUUGUUCCAACACGUUGCUGAUCGCCCAGAAAUUCUUCGCAAGGUUCGUGAAGAACAAUAUCGUUUGCGUGCUGGCGACCUUGAUGCUCCUCUAACGGUUGACUUGAUCGAUCAAAUGGAAUACACUCGUUCUUGCGUUAAAGAAAGUCUACGAUUGAAGCCACCAGUGAUCAUGGUUCCAUACAAGACAUUGAAACCCUUCCCAAUCGAUGCAAAGUACACUGUACCAAAAGGUGCAAUGGUGAUUCCCUCUUUCUGGAACAGCUUGCACGACCCUCAAGCAUACCCUCAACCUGAUGCAUUGAAGCCUGAAAGAUGGAUGGAAGGUAAAGAUAGCCCUGCACAACAAAACACACGUAAUUGGCUCGUCUUUGGAUCUGGACCACAUCACUGUAUCGGACAACAAUAUGCACAAAUGCAUUUGACUGCCGUUUUGAGUGCAGCAAGUGUGAUGAUGGAUUGGGAACAUGAAGUUACACCGCAAAGUGAACAAGUUGAAAUUUUAUGUUGCAUUUUCCCAAAAGAUCAAGCAAGAUUUAAAUUCACACCAAGACCAACACCUUCUUUGGGUAUGAGCCCAGAAGAGGCAGCUGCUAUGUAAGGUGUCAGAAGUGGACAUUUUCUCUUGUAUUAUCAGGAAAGGCCGCCGCCGCCGCCGCCGCCGCAACAAGAAUACCCUAUUGUAGUGCAUUCGAGGCAUUGCAAUCAUCCCCAUCUUUCCAUGAGGAGUGGACGUUUUGGAGAGUAUUUUCAAGAUUACAUUUUUCACUUAACACCCAAUCAACGGAGGACUUCAAAAAAGUGGCGCAUCGACUAUCAACCUUUGCCCCUUCUUUUUCUUCAUUUUCGUUCCAAAGUAAGCCUUAAUUUUUAUUUUCUACUUUUUUUUAAU